AUGUCCUCCCUCAACCCUCUCGAAACCCCCGACGACCACCUCCGCCGCUGCUGGCGCCAACAAUCCUGCUCACCCUGCCUCUCAGAGAACGCCUGCUCCUGGUGUCCCUUCACCCAAUCCUGCACCCCCAACACCCACCCCCUCCCCCUCCUGGCCCCCAUCUCCCAACCCGACAUCUGCCCCCACUGGUCUGAACGCUGGGAGGUCCGCACCCAGCCCCUCGGCUGCAACAUCUCAGCCAUCACCGCCCUCUCCAUCCUCCUCUCCAUCCUCUCCACCAUCCUCCUCGGCCUCCUAGCCUGGACCACCACCGUCGCCUACCGCCGCCUCCGCCGAGCCGAAUGGGACUGGACCCGCGCCUCCAUCCCCUUCAACCAACCCCAGUCCUGGACAAAAUGGCACAGCACCAGUGGCCGAUCACGUUGGGCCUCAUCAGCAGCACCAUCAUCAUCACCAGAAGAACAACAACCGCUGCUAAACUCCCAGUGGGAUAACGUAUAUCGUGGAUGAUAAAAACUUUCUCUCUUAUUGUAUUGUAAAUACGGAAACAAGAACUAGCCAGAGCUAACAGGCGGAAUAAUCGCCACCUCAUCCCCCUCCUGAAUAAUCACAUCAUCCUCCCCUUCCUCAGGCACAUCCACAUACGCCAGGUUAAUCGUCACAAGACUAUGCCCCAAAACCCCCUCUCUGAUACCCUUGUACCUCUCCUCCAACACGUCACCCAGUUUCCUGAGCGAGAGCGGCGCGGGAAGCGACUCGACGUUCUUGCCCGUGAAGGAGGUUGCAGUGGCAAAGUAGAGGAUGGUGAAGUUCCCUGGGGCGGCGGGCUUGGGGGUAGCAGACAUGAUCAACUACCUACUAGACUUUCUUACAAUGUGAGCUUCUUGACAACAAAAUAAGAAACCGUCAACAACAAAACAUCAUGGUGGGGUUAUUGUCAGAGAUCUUGGUGAUAAAUUGAUACAGCA